AUAUUCAUCAUGCGUUUCUCAGUUAUCUUAUUUCUGUCCGUGGUUGUUCCCUGGUGCUUCGUGAAGGCCAAAAAAGUUCCACUUCCACAAGAAUGUCUGCAGGAAUACAAGAAAGUAGUUGCUAGAUAUGGCAGCGAAGAAGGGCAUUGUCUCCGACUUCAGCUGAUUGUCAACUGUUUUUCUAAACGAAGACACGAGACUGGGGAGGUUGUCGACCACAUGCGAUAUCUGUUCGCCCAGGAAUCCUUGUUUGUCAACAAGCUCGGGAUAUGCAACAUUGAUUUGGACGACUUGAAGGAGAUCACUGACAAAACGGAGGUGGCUCAGAAGCAUCGCUAUCUGGACUCUGUAGAUGAUGACAAGUGGGAUGAAUGCGCUGGUAAAGUACACAAAGUGUGCAUCAAGCAAUAUCUCUCCCUGUUGGCCCAAGAACGCAAGGUUUGCAAUGAUGCCCAAGCAUGGAUUGCUUGCUACCCUGAGGAAGCUCAAAAGCAAGGUUGUGAUGCAGAAAUCCUUCAACAUUUUGCCAGCAUGCUUAAAAUAGUUGGAGAAAGUGUUGUUAGGAGUAUCAGAAGAUACAUGGGGGUCGAAUGCUCAAAAAUCGAGCUCUAGUUAUGUGUAUCAUAAAGCUUGUUUGUAACGGUGGGUUCAAAGGAACUUUAGAUAGCAGAUCCAAGUUCUCAAUCCAAUGCAUUUGAAACGCUUUGUUUAUUCUACAUUUUCCAUACAUUGGUUUAAAUAAUGGUCAAAUAUAAAGCAUUCAGUCGUUGUAAAACCCUUUGAAACUAACUCGCAGCCUGGACUGAAUGCUUUGUGUGCGGCUAGAGUUAACUAAUGUAUGGAAAGUGGAAAAUGACUCGUUGUAGUUGAUUAAAUAUUCGCUUUACUUAAAAGUUUU